AGGUGAGUUAAAGAAAUGUUGGUGACUUUUUCCUUUCUGGUUUUCUCAGUUCCAGAAGAGGUGAGGGCAAAGCCUGGAGAAGACGUCCUCCUUCAGUGCAACGGUCCCACAGGUGCUGCCAUCACAAAGAUAAAGUGGGAAAAACCUGACCUGGAGGAUCGUUCUGUCUUCUUCUUCAGAGAUAACACGCCGUAUAAAAUCUACCAGGAUCCACGUUAUCAUGGUCGUGUUGAGCUGAAAGAUCCAGCGAUGAAGAACGGAGACGCUUCUGUUGUCCUGAAGAACGUCAAAGUCAACGACACAGGAGUGUACCAGUGUUGGGUUACAACUCCCAACAUGCCUGGUGAAAUGUUGCACUCUGUCCAGCUGGUCGUCUCUGAAGGUACCACGAAGGGACACUUGGAACAAUUGAAGGAACAAUCGAAGAAACUGCACACAAUAGAAGUUUUGUUGGGAGUUGGUUUGGGACUGGGUUGUCUUCUUGUUGUUGGUGUUGCUUGUUUUGCUCUUAGACGUUUUGUUUGUCCAAAACCUAAAAGUGGUCCUGUGUAGAGUUCAAAGUUCAGAGUUCAGAGUUCAGAGUUCAGAUGAGUGUGUGGCUGAAGAAGUGUGUGAAGCACUCAUCAACCAGGCUCCUCUUUACACCCGACUGUCCUCCAUCAGCUGCUUCUGAACUAAUAACAACUCCAAAGAGACCGUUCUGAGUAUUCAGGGUUUAUAUAUUGGACUCAGGAAAAAGCACUGAAAAUACAUGUUACCAUAGUAACCGUACUUAAAACACAUUUUGUUUAUUUAAAAGUACUGCUACUAUGAAUGCUUUUUAUUUAAGUUGAAGUACUAUUACUUAUUUGAAGUACACUAUACUACUUAAAUCCAUGUCACCUAGGUAAAUGUCCCCCCCCCCCCAUUGAGCCUCAGUCGGCGGUGGAGAGCUCUGCGCUUCGUAACUCAUUUCACGUGUGCUUUGUUUUAUUGCAGAAACGUCGUCUGCUUCAGGUAUUUGUAUUUGCAGAUAAUUAUCUCAGUGUAUUCUUAAUACUUCCUUUCUGGAUCUGUGGAUGAUCGUCCUGAAUAAGACUUUAAAAGGUUUAUUUGUUUUCUAAGUAGAUUUACAUGAAAUGUGAAAACAGCUUUGAUUGUUAAACUUUAAAUGAAGAACUUCUUUCAGACUAAAGAAGAGAUCUAAACUAAAAGUAGCCGAUUCAAUGAUGAAGGAUUUCAAUUGAAUGAAUAACAAACUGCACUUCCCUUUGAGAACAUACCGAACACGAAUGUGCCUGAAUCCGUCAAUGUCAAGCUUGCGUUGCUCUGUGUUCUGUAUUUGUAAAAAAAGUACAUGUUGUUACAUCUGGACUCUGAAGUUCUUAUUUUAUAAUUAGUUCUUGUUUUUAUUUUAUAUUGUGCACGUGUGUUCUUUGUGCUUAGCAUUAGCUGCUAAUGCUAACAGACCAAAGCCUCAGAGUUACGGAAUAUAAUAAAGCUUGUGACGUAGAAAAGGAUUUAAAGACAUUUUAUUCAAGCCAAAGUACUGUUACGUUAAAAAAAGCAUUUUAAUCAAAGUUCUGUUGCUUUAAUUUAACAUGUUAUAAAAGUACAGAGGGGGAAAUGACAGAUUGUUAAAGAAAGUUAUACAAUUCAAAAUGUACUUCAUCUCAGUAACACAGAAUGAUUUGUCAAGCUAUAAUAAAGAAUCUUUAAAACCAA